AUGUUGCGACCUGCCUAUAUAUUUGCAGCCAUAUCUCUGAAUGAUCUCUCUGCCACCAUGUCUGUAAAUGCGCUUCCUCCACACCAAGGCAUUUCGCCCUUUGAACUUGCUCCGGGCGAAAUCAUCCGCUAUCUGAGCGCUUCUACCAGACAAUCUUUAGCGAUCAAUCUGCGGAAUCCACUCAAUGAUAUCAAUGUACGCAUCAAAGUUGGCGACGGGUCGCUCUACGUCACAAACCGCCGGUUCGUGUUUGUGACUGCCUCUCAGGGCGACGUGUCGUCGUUUGUGGUGGACUUUUCGCGGGCUCGGUCGCUUCGCUUUUCACAUUCUCUAGAAUCUCCGUGGUUUGGACCAAACUAUUGGCAAUUUCGUUUUUUUAGUCCGCCGGACGGCUCAUGCAGUGGGUUUCCCAAGGGCGAGUGGUUCGACGGAAAGGCCGUGUUUAAAGAUGGCGGCGUGGUGGAGUUUGUGUCUGUGGUGGAUGAUGUGCUCAACGAUGCUGUGAACAAUUCUCAGAUAGACGAGGAGCUUCCGCGGUACAGCGAGCAGUGA